CAUUGCAAACACGAUCUUCUAGGACCAUCUUCAAAGACCGUCAUACACAGAUACAUAUACAUAUGGAUAUUAUUAUAUUAAUAAAUAACUAUAUUUAAGUACUUGGACAGGCAAUAUAGACACAUUAUGAUCUGAGAUAGUCUGUGCCUGAGGUACUCAUAGACUUGUUGCACUAUCAUAGAUUAAUUAUUAUUUAUAUUAUGUUUAUAUUAUCUAUGAAUAGUAUGCCCUAGAGAGCCUAGAUAAUAAAUAUUAUUAAUUAUAUAGGCUCUCUAGUAUGCCCUUUAGUACUUCUAUCCUUUUUCUAUGAUAUUAUUGUUCAAUGAUAUUAUUAAUUCGUGAUUAUAGACUAUAGUGAUUAUACCGAUUAUCAAUGUGGUAGUCACUAGUCGUUACUAAUAUUGUACACUGCAAUAGUCGUUCGGUCGCUGGUCUUCUCACCUUCACUCAUAACUUUUCACUAAUCACUUUUCAGUGAUUACUGAUUAUCACACACAUAACAUUACUACACAUCGUUUAAAUAACAAAUAUUAAUAUUUAGUGUUUACUAGUUAACUACUUAUUUAUGUAUUACUAUUUACUUGUUAAUGUACUGGAACUGGAUGACACGAAUGUCAAAUUAUCAAAUUUGAGAGAACUCUCAAAAGUGAGCAGACGAAUUUACUUGCCCAACCAAAAGUAAUCGCCAUUCAUUUUGUCCCAAAAAUGUCACGACACAUAUUAGAUGGAACAGAUUCGCCUUUAGAUAUUAUGGAUCCAUAUCAUGUUCACUCAUUCUCAUCCUACACUAACCAAUUGGGGACUGACAAAAAAUACUUGUACAUGCGCUUCAUCGAAACUAUUAAUUUAAUCGAAAUGGGUGACUUUGUCGAUACAGAUUUUUUAAUCAAUAGGACUUACACCAGUGACUGUGAUCAGAAGUUUACGCUACUAAUGGAGGCUAGCUUGAAUGGCCAAAUAAAAAUUGUGAGGGAAUUGUUCAACAGAUUUAAUGUUGCAGUGGACAACAUAGGAGACGUGGUGCAUUUUGGUUCACUUGUCAAAGGGGCUACAGCACUUUGGUGUGCGGCUGGAACCGGAUCCAUAGAAGUGGUAAAAAUUCUUGUUGAGAAUGGUGCAGACGUUAAUUUUCUUACUGAAACUAAGUCAUCUCCAUUACGAGCGGCUUGUUAUUUAGGACAUCUAAAUAUUGUUGAAUAUUUGGUUGAACAUGGGGCAAAUGUUAAUAUAACCAAUAUAUAUAAUAGCACAUGUCUUAUGAUUGCUUCUCAUAAUAAUCAUAAAGAAGUUGUUGAAUAUUUGUUGAUAAAAGGAGCUGAUAUUAAUAAACAAACUAAUUGCGGAUCUACAGCCAUGCACUUUGCUGCACAAGCUGAUAAUUUGGAAAUUGCUAAGCUACUCAUAGCAUUUAAUGCCCAACAACUAAAAAAUGAACAAUCUUUAACUCCAAUUUUAGUGGCAGCCGAAAGAACACAUCAUAAUUUUGUAUAUUUCCUCAUUGAUGAGAGUCAAUUAAAUUUGACCCGAGAAGAGAAGAUAAAAGCUGAAGAGUUACUAGGCGCUUCUUUUUUGAAUGACAAAGAUCAUUAUGACUUACACCGUGGAUAUAGUAUUCUACUUCGAGCGAUGAAAAGGAGGUACGAAGAGGAUCCAGUCAUAAAUAAAAAAGUUAACAAAACAGUUGAAUGUUACAAUAAUAAAGUUGAAUGUCAAACUGUACAAGAAUUAUUAGAUAUAAAAGACAAUCCUGAAGCUAUACAUUUUGAAUCACUAAUAAUUAGAGAACGGAUUUUAGGAGAAAAUAAUCCAGAUUUAUUGCAAUCAAUUAUAUACCGUGGUGCUGUUUAUGCGGAUGCACAACAUUUUACACCAUGUAUUCUUCUCUGGAAUCAUGCCUUAAAAAUAGCUCAUCAUAAUAAACAUAGCAUCCAAAGAGAUCUUUUACGAUUCACACAGGUAUUUUGUCAAAUGAUAAAAAAUAAUAUUAUCAUCAAAUUAUUAGACUUAAAGAAUAUUUUACAAUCUGCAUGUAAUGAAUUAAUUACUAUUAAAAAAAGAUUAUCCGAGGCUGAUAGUUCAUCUGAAAAGGAAUUAUCAAAGAAUGAAUACUACUCGAAUAUAAAAUCAACACUUGGUUUAAUUAUUAUAACCAGUAUUGCAUUAUUACAAAAUGGUAAUAAAGAUGAUCCAUUGGUAGGCGAUUUGAUGAAAGUUAUAGUGGAAAUAAAUAAACUUGAACUCAAAACAAAUAAAGGCCAAACAUUACUUCACUUGUGUCUUAAUUAUGAUACAAAUGUUGACAAUAUUUUUACAACAGGAAUUUGCUGCUUUCCAAAUUUUCUUGCAAUGAAACUAUUAGUUCAUUGUGGAGCAAAUGUAGAUGCAGUUGACAAUGAUAAAAAUACACCCCUUCAUUACAUCGGUAAAUUCAUAACUGAUUUUCCUCACAUACCACACAACAGUGAUUACUUAGACACAAGAAAAAUGGUCAUGGAGUUGUUGAAUGCUGGUGCUCACACAGAUUUUGUAAACAAAUUUGGGGUUUGUCCUCAUACAGGAUAUUUGUCGAAUUUAUUUCAUUUAACAAACAAUGUACCAAGGAGUUUGAAAUGUUUAUCUGCCAGUGUGCUCAGGUAUCGAUGUCCAAAGAAAUACUAUCGCGAUCAAUUGCCAACAAUAUUAGUACAAUUCACUAAUUUACAUUAAGUGAUUAAUAGUUAGUAAAAUAUUUAGAUAAAAAAAAAUAGUAUCUUCUGUAUGAAAUAAUACAUAAAUGUAAAUAAUUAAGUCAUAAUUGUAUGCAGGUCAGCUGUAGGCAGAUCAAUAAAUGCUUACAGCAGAAUAUUAAAGAGACUUAAACAUAAUGCAUUUUUGUUAUGAUUUAUCUAUCCUAUGUGUAUAUAUUUUUAUUUUUUAUAAGCUUAUUUUCUUAAAAUUUUUAUGAAAACAAUAAUGUACAACCAGUUUUUUACUUUAAAUGUUAUUAAUUAUUAAUUGAUUUCUUAAGAUUAUUAAAAACUGUAUAACAUAAUUUACUGAUUUCUAUAAAAAAAAAAAAUAAUAAACUUGUAUAAUAUAUAGCUAUUUAAUCUUGUAACUAUAUGUUAUGUGUUAAUAAUAGAAACUUUAGAUAAACGUUGUCAGAAAAAAAUCUUUAUUAAGCUAUAAAAUUGUUUAAAUUUAUAUUCUAUAAUUGUUAACAUUUUAUAAAGGAAAGUUUGUCCUAAUCUUUCCAUUAAAUUUAUACUGCCAACUACAAGAAUACAAUUUUAUUUUUAUUUUAAAUAUCUAUGUUAUGAUUUUAUUUAUUUGAAGUGAAUUUUUAUUGUAUUAUGAAAUGAACAAAUUAUUGAUAACUGAUUACUUGUAUACCUGAAUUAAUAAUAAUUGAUUAUUUAUUAAUUUUAAUAAAUUCCUUAAAUCUGUCAAAUAAA